AUGUUACUUUUGUUUCUACAUGUAGAUGUGAUGCCCACAGCAAAUCAGAUUAUCGUGAUGAAGCUGGGAGAAAAUAAAAGUCGUGAGAUGCAAAAUAAAUCACGAGAAAGAAAUCAUCGGAAAUCUCAUAAUUCACAAUCACCAACAAUAAAAGAAACAUUGAUAACAGUUGUAGUGAUAUCAAAGCUUGGAGUGACACAAGUUCAAAUUCCAGAAUGGGAAAAUGGAAAAUUCUUGAAAGAAGCCGUUCUUAGAUCACCACUUUCAUCCAUUAGUGAUGAUGUUGAGCUUAUCGACAGAGCAAUAAUGAAACAAAAACUCAUUCGAGGGAAAACAAAAACAAUUAUAAACGAUUUGGAAACUAUGAAAGAUCUCCAAAUUGAAAACUACGAAGAAAUUCUAUUCAUCAGACAAUGGACAAAUUCAGCUGAAAGCGAUUUGAUUCCAACUAAAUUGGAAAAUGAUCAGAAAAUAAUGAAUGCGAAUCCACCAAAAUUAUUCAUUUACGAAUUGCUUCGAAAGGAAAAUUUAAGAAAAAUAUUUAUAACACUGGCACAAGAAUCCGCUCAUGUUCUUGGAAUGACUUCGUUCGCAAGUAAUGUCAUUUCGUAUUUCCGUCAAAAGAUUCAGAACUACAUGAAGAAUCAUGAGAAUGCUGUCAAAGUUAUGAUGCAACUUGGAUUUACGAAAGAAUGUGUCGACCAUGCGAUUAAAAUAAAAGCCAGCAAUCAUAAACUUGCACUUGACUGGCUAAUUGACAACGAAAUCUCGUCGGGAUUUGUUGAAGACAACUUGGAAGAGUUUAAUAAACUUUUAUCACCACAUCGUAGCUCAAUUCUAUCGUCGCCCAAGUGGCCAUCAAAUGCCAGUUUUAAUCAUGUGAAUAGUUUAUUGGAAAUCGUCAAAUUCUAUGCUCAGAAAGAUGAAAUUGUUCAUGAAAGUAGCAUCAAUGAAAUGAUUAUGAUGGGAUACAAAGAAGAAGACGCUCAUGAAGCUCUCAGACUGACAAGAAAUAAUUUAGCGGCUGCAGUUGCUUAUAUUGAAGGAGAAACAAGUCAAAGCAUUACAGAACUUCGUGAUGGAUUUUCACCAUCGUCAGUGAUACGUCAAAAGAUUUUGGAAUCAACAGAAAUUUUAGCAUCGCUUGGCACACGAAUGGAAUCCAUUUACCGAAAUUGGAUCACUUUUGACGCACAUCAUCGUCAAAUAUCACGAAGAGAAGUUUAUUUUAGCUUUAAACCAGUUCAAUGGAUCGCAAUUUCCAAUUUCAGCGCUUUCAGCGCCAAACAGUCAAACAUAAUUUGGCAUAAAACAGAAAAUAUUUCUUGGAACUUCUUCUGCUUUCUGUGUGGUUGGUUGCGAAGGUCAGACGUCGAAGAAGAAUCGUGA